UUGUGUGUUCAUGUACUAUUUAAAGCGUGGUGUAUACGGUGUUCGUCAUGUGCCACAGUACUUAAUGGGAAUCGCGCAGAAUUACUCGCUCACUACCAGUCUGACUGGCAUCAGCUUAAUUCAUUGCGGGCUUUUAAUGGUUGCGCUCCAUUGUCAGAGGACAAAAUUGGAGAUAAUCUACAAUUUAGUGAAUUUUAUGAUAUCAGCGAUGCGCCAUUACUUAAGGUCUUAUCAAGUAAGAAAAAUGUGUAUUUUUUGCAUGAAAAACACGUGUAUUCCAUCUAUAGAUGCAUUCUUCAUCCGAAUGAACAAAUAUCUGAUUCCGUGUUUAGAAGACCAUUGGAUUGUGCUAUAAUUAUGUUAACAGCGGGCCAUUUUGCUGGUGCUAUCUUUAAAUGUUCAGAAAUGAUCGAGCAUAAAACAUUCCACCGUUAUGUUGUUAGAGCUAAGCAGGGUGCUCGUCAAAGCAAGGCUGAUUCAAGGCAAAGUUCUGCAAGAAGUGUUGGCGCUCAACUGAGGAGGUCAAAUGAAAAGUUACUAAAAGAAGAAAUUAAAAAAACGGUUACAAAAUGGUCGGAUUUAAUUGACGAAACUCCAUUAAUAUUCAUAAGAUGUGCCGAAUCUGAUAAGUCUUUCUUUACAUCCGAUCAUUCGAACGGCUCUCUUUUUCUAAAGUCUGAUCAACGAAUUCGAACUAUACCUUUUGUUACAUAUCGAGCUGAUCUUCAUGAAGUUCGCAGAAUAUGGCGACAACUCCGUUAG